CUUUUGUUGUUUUCUUUAUUUUUCAUCAACAAAAAAUUAAUUAAAGAUAAAAAAAAAUAAUUAAAAAAUAUAUUUUGCAAACAUAGAUCUCGCGUACCUCUUCUUUCGUGCUCCUUCCCUCCUUCCUCUCUUUCUCUCUCCUCUCUCACGUCUUUCGCCAUUUUUUCAACCUCGAAUUUCAAACCUUAAACCUUUGUUCUUCAUCAAAUUUGCUGCUUCAAACAAUCAAUUCUUCACCAAAUUUUUCCUCAAAUUCUUCCAAUUUUUUGUGAUUAUUCAUGAGCAGAAGAAUUUCGAAUUCUUAAAAAAUUGAACAAAAAUCAAUUUCCAUUUAAUCAUUUGAAUGCUGAUCGAUUACGAUAAUUUCUUUCUUUGAUAUGCUAAUUUUGUGCUUCUUAGCAGCGAUCAAACGAUUUUUUUUCGAUUUGAUAUAAUUUCGCCGAUUUUUGGCGGAUUUUUAAAUUUAAUUUUUUGUUUUUUUAAGUAAUUUUGGUGGAAUUGAGUGAUGUCAUCAUCAUCUAAGGUGGUGUAUGAAGGAUGGAUGGUGAGAAUUGGGAGGAGGAAAAUCGGUCGAUCUUUUAUUCAUAUGAGAUAUUUUGUUCUUGAGCCUCGUCUUCUUGCUUAUUAUAAGAGAAAACCCCAAGAUAAUCAGGUACCUGUCAAGACACUUGUCAUUGAUGGCAAUUGUAGGGUGGAGGACCGAGGCUUGAAGACCCAUCAUGGACAUAUGGUGUACGUCUUAUCCGUGUACAACAAGAAGGACAAAUAUCACCGCAUUACGUGUCCUUCAAUUGUCUCGCUGCUACAAAAAAAAUUAUGGGAAAGCUUAACCCGAUGUGUCUUCGUGAUAAAGUUGGCAGCAUUCAACAUCCAGGAAGCUUUAAUCUGGAAAGAGAAGAUAGAGCAAGUCAUUGACCAGCACCAGGAGUCUCAAGUUGGUAAUGGCAACAAGUACAUAUCUUUUGAGUACAAAGCGGGCUCUGAUUCCAUGAGAAAUGCUUCUUCCUCAGAUCAUGAAAGUCAGCUAAGUGCCCAGGAAGAUGAGGAGGAUGGUUCUAAUCUGUUGAGGAGAACAACAAUUGGAAAUGGACCUCCGGAAGCUAUAUUGGAUUGGACCCGUGAAAUAGACUCUGAUUUAUCCCAAAGUACUAAUACUCAAGUAUUUUCUCGGAAGCAUUGGCGUCUUCUUCAAUGUCAAAAUGGGCUUCGUAUUUUUGAAGAGCUUUCUGAAGUUGAUUACCUUCCGAGGAGUUGUAGCCGAGCAAUGAGAGCUGUAGGAGUGGUUGAAGCUACUUGUGAAGAAAUUUUUGAGCUUAUAAUGAGUAUGGAUGGGACAAGAUUUGAAUGGGAUUGCUCUUUCCAGUAUGGUAGUUUAGUUGAGGAGGUGGAUGGGCAUACUGCUAUAAUAUAUCAUAAACUCCAGCUUGACUGGUUUUCAAUGUUUGUUUGGCCUCGUGACCUCUGCUAUGUGCGCUAUUGGCGACGUAAUGAUGACGGAAGUUAUGUUGUAUUGUUCCGCUCAAGGGUGCAUGAGAAUUGUGGUCCUCAGCCAGGAUUUGUGCGAGCCCAUCUUGAAAGUGGUGGAUUCAACAUCUCUCCUUUAAAACCUCGAAAUGGGAGGCCCAGAUCACAGGUGCAGCACCUUAUGCAAAUUGAUCUAAAAGGAUGGGGUGUGGGCUAUGUCUCAUCAUUCCAGCAGCACUGCCUCCUACAAGUGUUAAACAGUGUUGCUGGGUUGCGUGAAUACUUUUCUCAAACUGAUGAAAGGAUCGCUACUCCCAGAAUUCCAGUCAUGGUCAACAUGACCUCAGCAUCUAUGUCUUCUCGAAAGAACCAAAAAUUUCAGGAUUCAUCUAUUCAUCCUAGUUUUUCCGAUCAGAAUAUGGUUCCUAAUAGAAACUCUGUCAUGAUGGAUGAAGACUCUGAUGAAGAUGAGGAUUUUCAAAUACCUGAGUCAGACCAAGAGGGUUACCGCUCUCCACCAGAGAAUGAAGUCAAGAUUUCAGCUGUUGAAGAACCGACUGAUCAGAUUGACUUAACUAUGUUUUCGGGAACUUUACGACGAGAUGACAAUGAAAAUGCUCGCAAUUGUUGGAGAAUAUCCGAUGGAAACAACUUCAAAGUUCGCAGCAAGAAUUUCUGUCGUGACAAAUCAAAGGUCACAGCAGGGAAACCUUUAAUGGAUCUUGUUGCAGUUGAUUGGUUCAAAGAUUCAAAUCGGAUGGACCAUGUUGCUAGACGUCAAGGCUGUGCAGCACAGGUUGCUGUGGAGAAAGGAAUGUUUCCUUUAGUUAUUAAUUUUCAAGUACCUGGUUCUACUCACUAUAGUAUGGUGUUCUAUUUUGUGACAACAAAAUUAAUACCUGGGUCACUUCUGCAACGUUUUGUGGAUGGCGAUGAUGAGUUCCGUAAUACCCGGCUGAAGCUCAUCCCUUCAGUUCCCAAGGGCUCUUGGAUUGUUCGUCAGAGUGUUGGAAGCACUCCUUGUUUGUUAGGAAAAGCAGUUGACUGUAACUACAUUCGAGGGCCUAACUACUUAGAGGUUGAUGUUGAUAUUGGCUCUUCAACAGUAGCCAAUGGAGUUUUGGGCCUUGUGAUUGGGGUGAUUACAACAUUGGUGGUUGAUAUGGCUUUCCUUGUACAGGCAAAUACUGAAGAGGAGUUACCAGAGAGGUUGAUUGGUGCUGUCCGUGUAUCUCAUAUCGAAUUGUCAUCUGCAGUUGUGCCAGAGUUGCCAGAUGCACCUGCUGAAUGAGCAUAUAUACAUCUGGCUUGUGUUCAUGUGCAUAUAUUUAUCCGGAAGAAGCAUUCAUUCUUUUUGGCUGAUCACAUCCUUUCCUGAUGUAAAUCAUUACCAAGAUUUACAUCAUUUGGAUUAGCUGAAGAACCAACCACCCGGAGCAGCUACACAUUGUAUAUUUUUGGAGCAAGAUGACAGCAAAAUGUGGUAAAUCUAUUGGUGUUAUACAUUCCUAAGGUGUAAAGUCCUGCCAAUUUACUCAGCCUCCAGAAUAUGUUGAGGUUGUACAAGUUUAUCAACGUGGCAGUUGAUCUGUUUUAUUCUUUUGAUUUCUAUGUAUAACUUAGUUGCAUAAUACAGAGUUUAGAAAUUAGAAUACCACAAUCAAAAUCUAUAGUGAAUAUUCUUCACCCCCCCCCCCCCCCUUUUUUUUUAUUCAUUUGGCUGUUACUGUUAUAAUGGAAAAUUCUUAAGGCUUAAGUACAUAGUGUAGAAUAUAUAUUUUUGUGCUCUUGAACCUUGAUUCACUAAGCCAUUUCGAGGAAAAUUCAUGGUUUCAUGUGACUGACUAUA